AUGAGAAAGUUGUUUUCAUCUUUGUCCUCUCAUGGCUCAAGUUCGUCAAGUACGCUGAGACAACCUAUCGAACCUUCUGCCACUAACACAGUUUAUGGGCACAAUGACAAGUACCAUACAACGCAAUGCAACAAAGCGUCAAAGAAUGCUCCUCUUGUGGCAUCUAUUUCUAUCGAGUCUCCACCUAUAAUAUUGUAUGGCCCGCCUUCAACAUCAUGUGGGGCAUUUUUCUCUGGCACAUUUAAAGUUGACAUUCUCAAGGGAACUCAGUUGAACAAAAGUGACGAUGAAAAUGAGGCAAAACUCGAACACAGUGUCUCUCUUUCAAGGGUAUCUAAAAUGCAACUACUCAGGAAUUAUAUUGUUAUUAAUGAUGUAUCAAUAUAUUUUUUACAAAUAGUUCGAUAUGGCAAACCAUUUCAAGCACAGUCGAAUACACUUUCUGAUUGUAGUGAAUGUUCGACUAAAAUUACCGAACUGGCCAAAUGGGAUGUUCUCAGCAAGAAAACUGCAUUUGCUAAAGGAUCUUCUCAUCUGUGUCCCUUUGGAUAUGUUUUACCUGGAAAUUUGCCGCCAACAUCAGUUCUAUCUAAUGCAAGCUCAUAUAUACAAUAUGAAUUGGUAACUAUCGUCAAAUAUAUGGAUCCGGUGACAAAAACCGAGAAAGCCAUCAAUUUAGCACAACCAAUUAACGUCCAAAGGUCCAUAUUGAGAGAACAAGAUCGUAACUCAACCCGUAUUUUCCCGCCAACAGAUGUCACUGCAACUGCAGUUAUCCCCAAUGUUGCAUUUCCUAGGUCUGCAUUUCCCGUCGAAAUUCGAAUGGAUCAUGUUUCCACGCCAAGAAGAAGGUGGAGAAUGAGGAAGUUAAGCUGGAGGAUGGAGGAAUGUACUGCUGUUAAGAUUAAUCAUUGUAAAAACCAUAAAGAGAAAUUCAAUUCUGUUGUUGAGUCAACUAAAAAGCAAAAUAAAUCAGCAAAAAUAAGCAAGAAUAGUGGCGGUGCAGGCCAUUCUGUCAUAAACACCUAUUUUCAGAAACCCAAAAGACAGAUCAAUAAUAGUAACAAUAGUAUCACACCAGAUAACGUAUUGCCAGAUUUACAUCCUAGUGAUGAUCGUAACAUACAGAAUAUUCAGAAUGCGCAACAAAGAGGACAGGGUAACCCAAAUGCUCAAAUUAUUUCAACACAAACCCAUCCUGAGAACUCUUUGGCUCCUAUGGCAUCUAAUUGGUCUGUUGAUUCUAGUAGAGGCCAGAGCAAUAAUCAGGUCGUUUUACCUGAUCGAAAUAACACUCCGACACCUGUCACAUCAAAUGGACAAAACGAUAACGAGUCAUCAACCGUACCAAAGGAACCCGAACUAUACAUUGAAGAAAUUAAAACAAUUGCUUCUGGAGAACUCAAGUCUGGGUGGAAAUCAGAUUUCUCUGGAAAUGGAAGGAUUGAGUUGGUUGUUAAUAUUUCGUUGAUGGACUUAGUAUCAAUGGGUAUUAAUCACAUCAGUCGCUAUAGCCCCAUUAUCAACUCAUCCGAGGCAAAUAACUUUAAUAUAGAUAAAUCGGAUUGUAAUUGUGCCAUUGACAUAGAUGAUCCCAAAUUGGGUAUAUCUGUAACACACAAUUUAAUUAUUGAGAUAGUUAUAGGGGAAGAGCUCAUGCAGCCUAAAACUACUGUCAAUGUUCCACAAAGGGGCAGAUCAUCGGCUACACAUGUUUCUGCAAAUUCUACUGCUGCCAUUGUAACUGGAAAUAUAUCACAAACAAGAAUGAGGCCAACAUCAAGAACAGCUCAACAAGCACCUUCAUCAGUACCAGAUUCAGAAUCCCAAAGCCGUCGGACGGCUCUCUCAGCCGAAGACUUUCCUGAUGACAGAGUUGGACCAGAUCCCAUCAACGGCAAUAAAUCAGAUGCUUAUAACAACUUACAGGGUGUAGCCACUGGUGUUGCCCGUGUCUUAAGAAUGCAAUUCAAGGUUAUUCUUUCUGAGAGGUCCGGACUUGGUGUUUCUUUUGAUGAUGAAGUUCCCCCAACGUACCAUAGUGUUGGCGCACUAUCGCCUCCUGCUUACACUGAAUCUGAAAUUUGUCAAUCCGAUGAGUUACAUCCUACUUCCACAAAUCUAGUCAUACCUUUAGACACUUUGGCGAACUUACAAAUCUGA